AUGCAUUUGAGAUGUCGUUUGCUGCUUUCGCAAGUGCCCCUGGUCGUUGCGACCAGCAUUAGCAACACGGAUCACUCGAAAGCCGUCGCAGAUCGGCAAUGGCAGGCCAUGAUGGAUGUCCAGCGAUGGCCGUCUCGGGCCAUGGAAAUUCUGGGCUUCGGAGCCGGUCAGCCAGCUGUGAACACCCUGGCGACGACACCGACGUCGGGCUUCCCGGCACCGCUCAUGCGCCAUGUGCCGUCGGGAGAUGUUCCGAGCUUGAUUUGGCUUGGGGAGCUCGCUGCCGUCUUGAUCACCCUCGGCUUUGUGAUCGUGGCAGUGCACCUGCAGGUUUCGGAAUGUCUUGGCCAGCGUCGGAAGAUGGCAGAAAAGGCCGAAAAAAUGGCGUAUCCCUGGAGCAGCCUGCCCAUCUCGGAUCUCCUCCAAGUGGGCCCCAGCUUUGCCACGAACUUCCAAAGCGGGCUCAGGCAAGCCUUUACCAACAGAGGGCUAAGCCCGGUGGAGCCGGAUCAAGUGGCCUUGGCCUCCUUCCUUAUCCCGGCCGAGGCUGCAGGGACCCGCCAGCCGAGAGCCGUCCUCGAGCGCCACGGCGGCGUGCCUCCGGGCUCCCUGGGUGGUAAGCGGGCCUUAGCGCUCCAUCUCCAACGCUUGAAACGGGAGGCCCUGGCACCCAUGACUUUCCUUAGCCCCGAUGCCCUCCGGAAGUCGCUGGAACCCCGGGUUCGCUUCGCAGGGAUCGUGCAGGGUGUCGUCUCCGAGGCCCGCGCAGAUGGAUUGUGGUUUCUGAAACAUUCUACCAUGGAUCGCAAUGAAGGAGUGACGUGCUACAAAGGAGCCCGGGAGCUGCUGAAGGCCUGGGAGAAGAUGAAGCGGAAGGAGCGCGGACGCUACGUGGCCCAGGCGGAGGUCCAGCGCCCCUUCCUGAUGGAGGGCCGGAAGAUGGUCGUCCGUGCUUACGUGAUCACGCUGCCGGGCGGACGCUGCUUCAUGAAUCGGGAGCUGCUUCUUAAGGGUCACCCGAUGUCCUACGACCCCGCCGAUCCCGAUCCGCUUCGGCACGUCAUCUCGUGCGUUAAGUACGACGGGGUGGUGUCGAUGCGCGGCACGGGGUGGACGCACUAUGAGAAGGUGUGGCCGAAGCUUGCGAAGAUGAUGACAACUGUGCUGAGCCACGCGGAGGGUGCAGGGAAGGUGCCUUUCGCGCUUCCGGACGACACGCUGCUGGACCUCUUCUGCCACCGCGUGGUGCAGAAGUACCAGGACGUCCUCGACUGGAUGCGCUGGGGGAGCAAAGCGGGAGCUCUGCUCUACAACUUCAUGGGGGCUGACAUCAUUGUGGACGAGGACCUCAGGCCUUGGCUCAUUGAGCUGAACCCGGGCCCAGCCAUGGGCUUCGACCAGCGGGAUCCGCAGGCUACGCAGCUCCGCGCCGAAGUGAUGGAGGAUCUCUGCGAAUUUCUUCUGGACCCGCUGCUGCGCAGCGUGCAGGCGGCAACGAAGAGCAAGGAGGAUCGUGCCAGGUGGAGCUCCGUCCGCAAGGUGCCCAUGAAAACGUCCAAGUCGGAGCAGCCGAUCAAAUGCAUGGCCUGCCCGAACUUCGAGGCUCCGGACCGGGAGGCCUACCGGGUACACUGCGCCACAGAGUGGCACAAGUACAACACCACGCAGCGGAUGAUGGGAAGGCCUACCCUCACCGAGGAGGAGUAUAAUGAGAAAUUUGCGCCGGCUCCUGCUGCUGCGGAGCCGCCGGCCGAGAAAGACUCGGCACCUGAGCCUUCCCAGGCCGACCCGGAGGAGGCCGAGAAGGUCUCGGUUUGCAUAGUCUUCCACCACAAAGAGGAGAAAUGGAGCCACAUCUUCAAGAUCCCCAAAGGCGCCAGCGUCAUGGACUUGAAGAAAGCCAUGGUGAAGCCGGGCAGCCCGGAGGAUGAUGUGUUAUCCUUCAGCUUGAAGAGAGGCAUGAUCAGGCCCUCUCAUUUCGAGACGCUUGAGAACGACGAUACUUUUGACUUCGCCUACGUUGGCCCGGAGGAGAGAAAUGGCUUCGGGGAUGUGGCUGCAAGCUGCCUCCUGUUGGUGCUGGGUCUCCUAAUCGGUGGCGAGCUCUGCCCUGUGGGUUCAGAGGUGGUUGAUUUGUUGGCCUUGGGUGAGGCCUCGCCGUCAUCGUCUCCCUUAGACUCUGCUACAACGCCCCCGGCCACACCACCGAACCCCUCCGCGGCGGCCACUUCGCCGGCCUCUUCGGGCCGCGCCGCGCCCGUGGAGACGAGGGAGUCUGAGACUGAGGCUCUGGCAGAGCUCCGCAGGAGCUUGGACAGGCUCGCUGCCAAGAUGAAUCUCGAACAGCGGGCACCGACGAUUUCUGCUUCCGCCGAGACCUAUGUGCAUCUGUGUGUCAAUGACACGCAGGCGACUCCCGGAGCGGGCGGCGCCAUCUCUAGGCCUUGUGUUCCCGAGGACUGUGAGCAGGGCGAUAUGGAAGCGGGCAUGGACUGCCACUGGACUGGCUAUACGGCUCAUUGCCAACGGAUCUGCAGAAGAGGUUUGCAAUCAUCUCCGGCUGGCUCAUAUGCAGAUGCCAGCCAGAACCCGAUCUCCUGCUCCGACGUUUUUACCGGUCGCGCUCGCGAUCACGUGGAGGUUGUUUCGACUUCCUUGGAGUGGACAGCUUCCUCCAGUGACUUUGCCAUAGUGGACCUCUGGGGAGGCGGCGGUGGGGGUACGGGCACCGUGGUCAAGACACAGCAAGGACGAGGCAUCACGGUAGUAAGCAGCAACAGAGAUUAUUCAGGUAGGCUAAGCGGUUCCGAAAGCCCAUGGCCGCAGUACUUCGAUCCCAGUGGAUCCUACUUCCCUGACACAGACAGUGCUGGGAACUCACGGUUUGCCCGUGGGGACGACCUCUUUCAUUUCAGCUACAAGGAAGACUGUCAGUGCUGGAAGUUCGCUUUGAAUGCUGACUACUUUAACAAGGCAAUGGAGAUCAGGCUGACGGGAACCGUUGAUCAAGUUCCACUUGGAGAUCGCACAUGGUCGAUUCUGAUCCAGGACCGUGAGCGAUACACUGGCAGGCUGAGCUUGGAAUCCUUCGACAGUUCCUACGGCAUUUGUGGCGGGUCAGGUGGGGCUGGUGCCCAUGUCCGUGCCCUAGUGGCAGUGAAGGGCGGACAUACCUACCGAAUCGAAGCCGGUCGUGGCGGACGUGGCUCCAGCGGCCGUGGCGGUGCCGCGGAUGGCCAGAGCAGUCGCAUGCUAGAGAAGGGACGCUCAGGAGAGUGGCGAGUGCUGGCCGAAGCCGGAGGGGGCUCCGGCGCAGGAUCCUUCGAUGGCAGCCUCAAUUUUUUCCCGGGUGGUCGGGGCGGGACAGCCCCCAAAUUGCCGGCACACACUUCUGCCGUUCCUGGACAGCCAGGAAGGCCCUCCAGGUCCAGCCUCAUGUCUGACCACCCGAUCUUGUCAUCCCAACAGCUGCCAGAUUUUUGGACACCACUUCCUGAGAGGUUGUUUCCAACAGGCAUGUCUUUGACAUGCACGCAGCCGCGGAAAGGACGUAUUGGUAUCAGUCUCUAUGAUUCUGACGUGUAUACGUUACCACCGUGGUGUAGAGCCACGAACGCGAGGCUUCCCGUGAAUACUUACUCUUCGUUUGCGAACUCUGAUUACUUUCUCACUUGUGAUUCAGCCGGUAAUUCAGCCGGUACUCCGACUUGCAUGGGCGCCCAGUGGCCGCAGUCUCCCCCUGCAGGGCAAGGAGCGACGGGCGUGGGGCUAGCGGCCAAGAUGCGGAGUGGUUGGGGCGGGACGGGCAGCUGCCCUCAAAUCAAGUCGGGCUCCAAGAUAGAGCUGCAAGCGAUGGCUGGCGGAGAUGGACACAACGGCUCAGUUAUACUGAGGCGAUGCAAGAGGGAAGGAGCUUAUACCUUAGCUCUGCAGCGCUGCCCAGACAGCCAUGCCUGGACCAUCCACGGCCUGUGGCCACGGGGAGUGCAAAACUGCAAGGUCGCUGACUUCGACGUGUCGGCCUUGUUCGCUUUACAGACGCAGCUGUCCACCCAGUGGCCCUCUUGCUCGCGGCAAGUCACUGCUGCAGCCUUCUGGGAGCACGAGUGGCAAAAGCACGGCACCUGCUUCGGCGGCAGCCUCGCCCACUAUUUCGAGCUCACGCUCCGGCUGCUGGGUCAGCACUCCCAUGCCUGCGAUGGCUUCACCUCAAAGGACUGCCGGCUCUGCCUCACGGAGAACUUCGAGCUGUGUGACCUGGACUCCUAA